AUGGACGUCAAAGGGAUAUGGGAGGCUGACACCUCGUCUAGUCUGAUCAAGAUCGACGGUGUUGACAGCACUGAGGCCGCAAACUUCUACCUCGGCAAGAAGGUUGCUUUCGUUUACCGGGCAAAGCGUGAGGUUCGGGGUUCCAACAUCCGGGUCAUCUGGGGCAAGGUUACCCGGCCACACGGAGGAACAACAACUGACGAUAUCAACUUGACAGGCAACUCCGGCGUUGUCCGCGCUCAGUUCCGCCACAACCUCCCCCCCAAGUCCUUCGGUGCUACCGUCCGCAUCAUGCUCUACCCCUCCAACAUCUAA